AUGGCAUCUUCCUCACGCUUCCAGUCCCCUACAAAACGUCUGCUCUCUGAGCUACAAAGCUACCAAAAGGAUCCAAACUACGUUCUAUCGCACCUAGGCCCGGUCAACGAUGACGAGUUGAUGAAAUGGACAGCUAUCAUGGACGGAGUCGAGGGGACACCAUAUGAAGGUGGACGUUGGCUUUUGGGCAUAAACAUACCGUCGAAUUACCCGCAUACGCCUCCAGAAAUCACAUUCAAGACACCAAUAUGUCAUCCGAAUGUGAAUUUUAAGACUGGUGAAAUCUGCCUUGACCUUCUCAAAACUGCGUGGACACCCGCAUACACAAUCUCGUCCACCAUGACCUGCAUUCAUCAGCUGCUCACCGACGGUGCGGCAGACAGUCCAUUGAACAUGGACAUUGCCAUGCUCAUUCGACAAGGGGAUAAGGCAGGUGCAGAAAAUUUGAUCAGAUUCUAUACACAACGAGAAAGAUAUAAUGGGAGGACGUGA